UCCUUGACAACGGAUAUUUUUGUCAGUUUGUGGUCUAAAGGAGUCAGACUUUACAGCUAAACUCCAAGUAAGACACGAUUCACUCGAGAAUGAAUCAUUGAAACACUUCGUAAACUUUGUAGCUAUGGCAAAGGGAAGACGCUUUGUACCUUCCAAAGAAAGCGAGGGAAAAUGGUUCAAAUCACGUGGAUGGACCACGCAGUUCAACCCAGUUGAGCAAGCUGACAACAGUCUUCCAUCAGCACCAGUGCAGUUUGAAAAKAAAGCCGAGUCUCCAUACAGACAUUUCAUGUUUUCAAGACAUGACAACAGACAUGAUUUACAAGACCAUGGAGUGUACUUUGGUAACGGUUUAGGGAAAAGAUUUUUACCUGAAAGAUCCCAACACUAUUCCAAUAACAUGAUCACAUGGAAUAUGAACAAUGACCACCGAUCAAACUACACUGCGUCUUACAGAGGAAGAACGGYUGAUGGUGCAGAGUUUAGACGAUAUCCUAAAACACAUCCUGAUGGAAAGCCAGGAACAGCUCCACUUUCAACUACCACCACACAAUGGUUUCGCAAURGUGUUUAUAGGACUCCACUUCACAUYAUGGCAAGUACCCAAGAACCUCUCCUUCCACCAAACAGCUGGAUUUACUCAUACAGACCCAAUGGGAAUAUAUGGUCAUAAAUGUGAACUGAUAAAGCUGUUGUAUUGAAGAAAGGAWCAAGUAUUUACAAGCACAGAAACUACAUGAUUGUAUGGAAUUGAUUCACAAAGUCAGCAACUCUGCCCUAACUGCAAGUACUUUCAACUGCAAAGAAACUUUUCAACUUUUCAAUUGAAAAGUACAUUCUAAUGCUUCGAAUGCAAAGAAACCUUUUGAAUACAAAACACCAUUCAACUGCCAGAGAAAAACCUUAACAAUUUUGAAAAUCAUAAUCUUCCAUGUGCCAAUCCCAAGUAUUACAUGUAAAGAGAGUUGAGAAGAGGAACCAUUCAACUGAAUCAAAAUUACCUUCCAGCUCUAAAGAAAGCGUUCCUGCACAGAAAUAACCAUUGUGGACAUCCCCCAAGCAAACAACUUCAUCACAGCAGCUUGAUUUUUAAAUCAAGGAACGGCUUCUAAGAUUAAUACUCAAUAUGAAUCGUAAGGAAGAAAGCAAGCGAAAUUUCUUCUUUUGGUUUCAGACGUUUCUUAAGCUUAAUGUGUGAUUGAUAUAAAUUGACAUGAAGUGUGAAGAGCUAGUUUUCAACCAGUAGGACAUCAGGAAUCAUACAUAAAAUGGAUAAAAAGCUAUAUUAUUUAAUGUGAAAUUAUUUAAUGAAAUAAUUUAAAUCAAUUGAAGUCGCAAAGAUAUCAUGAAUACAUCUUCUAUGAAACCAUUAAAAGUGUGCAUUAUGUUGA